UCUGGAGGUGAAAUCAGAAAACGUCUUAUUUCCGUGGAUAACAGACCGUCUCUCUCUCGUCUCUGCAUCUUUAGAAGAAGCGUUUCUUUAGUUUUAGUUUUGUUGUCCCCAGCUCGACCUGUGGACUGGUCCUCAGCACCAUGGACAGCGCCUUGGACCGCCUGGACGCUGCAGGUUUUCUACAGAUCUGGCAACAUUUCGACGUAGACGAUAACGGUUACAUCGAAGGAAAGGAGCUGGACGCCUUCUUUCAACACAUGCUGGAAACAUUUGGGAUGAAGAAGGAGGAGAUAACGGAGGACAAGAUCAGAAGACUGAGAGGAAGAUUCAUGUCCGCUUACGACACCGCAGCUGACCGACGUCUGCAGAUACAAGAGCUGGCCACCGUGAUGCUGCCGGAGGAGGAGAACUUCCUGCUUCUGUUUCGCAGAGAGACGCCGCUGGACAACAGCGUGGAGUUCAUGAGGAUCUGGAGGAGCUAUGACUCGGACAGCAGCGGCUACAUCUCAGCGAUUGAGCUCAAGGGCUUCCUGCAGGAGCUCUUCCUUCAGCACAGGAAGUCCAUCACCCCUGAACAACUGGAGCAGUACACUGACACCAUGAUGAAGAUGUUUGACAAGAACGGCAGACUGGACUUAAACGACAUGGCCAGAAUCUUGGACCUGAAAGAAAACUUCCUACUGAAGUUCAAGAUGGACGCUUGCAGUCAGGAGGACAGGAAGAGAGACUUUGAGAAGAUAUUUGCUCACUAUGACGUUAGUAAGACGGGUGCGUUGGAGGGCCCUGAAGUGGAUGGAUUUGUAAAGGACAUGAUGGAGCUGGUGAAGCCCAGCAUCAGCGGCACAGACCUGGACAAGUUCAGGAAAGCCCUGAUGGGUCACUGCGACAUCAACAGAGAUGGAAAGAUCCAGAAGAACGAGCUGGCUCUCUGCCUCGGCCUCAAACUCAAAUAAAAGACCCUCGCAAUAUUAAAGUUCUUUAUU